UUAACUUCAUGGUAAUCUUAUUUUCCAUUCCCCAGGAAGGAAGCUGUCUCCAUUUAUAAAUGGUUGGCUCACCCUUCCAGUACGAGACACACUGCCCAUAUACCUUUCAACCACAGCAAAAAGCUAAAUAUUUAAAGCAGCUGACUACCUCUGUACCCUUCUGAAGACUGAACUAGUAACAUAUUUUUAUUUAUUUUCAGCCCAGUUUGUAAACAAAAUCUGUAAAACCUGAGGUUACUUUUUUGGCUCGUAAAGUCUCACUUCAUGCUAGCAAAGCUGUUUUAAACUCCAGCAGUGGCCAUUAAAUCCGACAGUCAGUGCACCAGCGUGUUUUCAAAGGUUCCCAAAAUCUGAAGGACAACAACAAAAUACAGAUCUCUCAUCAGUACAAAGAGAUUUCUGGAAAUUCAAGCAUCUGCACUGAAGAAAUUAUGCUGAUGUGUGCCGAAGAUGGAGUCAUGCUAGCUAUGGAUAUGGAGGUAAUGAAUGGCAUAGGUUUAACAACAAACACUGACAACUAUUCCAAUGGGAUGGUGUCAGACAAUGAACUGUUGAUGUGGAGGAGACCAAUUAAGGCAGAUGAUGUCCUUGGAUUAACAAAACCGACACAAGGUUAUCUUUGCAAACCAGAAGAUGAUAUCUAUCACAUUCAUUUUACUCAUUUUCAUAUCCGUGACUUGGACAGUGGAACAGUUUUACUUGACAUCAAAAAGCACUCCUCAUCUGACAGUGAAAACAAGGUACAUGAAACUUCAGGCUGUUUUAUCAGAUAUCGCUUUGCACCUUCUUUCCUAAAGCUCAAAGAAGUUGGAGCCACCUUGGAAUUUAUGGUUGGGCAGAAGGCAUUGAAAAAUUUCCGGAUGAUAGAAAGGCACUAUUUCCAAGACACGUUACUGAAAAGUUUUGACUUUGAGUUUGGCUUUUGCAUUCCCAGUAGCCGCAACACCUGUGAACACAUCUACGAGCUACCUGAACUCCAUGAUGAACUAGUGCAUGAAAUGAUCACACAUCCAUAUGAGACAAGGUCGGACACAUUCUACUUUGUAGAUAACAGACUGGUUAUGCACCAUAAGGCAGAGUACGCAUAUGAUGCCGAUCAAUGAGCUGAGAUUACUGCCACCACGCCACUCAAAAGGGGACCAUUGGCGAAUGCUCCAUGUGGUUUCUUAUAGCAUGAAAAGAAAAUACCUGCCAUAGGACUUCAUGUUCCACAAGAGGAGAAAAUUCCUGGGGAAAAUUAUUUUAUAUAUUUUAUCUUUGUUUUUUAUAAACCAAAAUGUUGCAAACUGAAAUGGUAACCUAGACACAGAAAUGGGAUAUCAUUGUGGUGUGAAACUAUAUGUAACAUACAAACCACUUUGAGAAAUGACUGUUUAUGCCAAGUAACACUAUUGAAUGCAAAAGCUAAAAGUUUCAACAGAUGAAUAUUUCACUGAUCUAAUAUGUAUAUGUACUCUAAUAUGUAUAUGUACUCUAAUAUGUAUAUGUAAAACAGUACCUUGUGUCAGUUGUCCUCAAUUCUCAGAGACCUAGAGACAAGAGUACACUGCAAUAUCUAAUAGUCUAUGGCAUUAUAAGCCACAGUUUUAACAAAAACUAAGUAUAAACCCUUAAAAAUAUUUUUGGAAUAAACCAUGUUAUUUAAUACUUGCAUUAGAAAGACAGAGUGAUAACACACUGUACUGCGUUAUACCAGCAUAACAGGUCAAAGGCCUAAUAAAUGUACACCAUAAUGUCUGUGUUACUUAUUAAGGGUUCUGUGCACUAUCAGUCACACAGUUCAGGCAACCAAUGAUAGUGUUACAUAGUCUCAGGUGACCAAUCAAAAUGUGUUUUGAGUUCUACUUUGUUAAGCGAUUGUAUUGCUGAUCAUCAGUGCUGGAAAAAAUUAACAAUAAACUAUGACAUUAAGCUA